GCAAGGCCGACAUCACGGAGGAGCUGCUGCGCGGGCAGCUCUACCCCGAGGCGGCGCCGGAGGAGUUCCGCGCCUUGCGCGCCAAGAUGGGCGGCCUGCUGCAGUCAAUUGCUUCAGCUGAUAUGGAUUUGAAUCAGCUGGAAGCUUUUCUCACUGCCCAAACAAAAAAGCAAGGCGGCAUCACGUCGGAUCAAGCUGCGGUCAUUGCCAAAUUUUGGAAAAACCACCGAGUGAGGAUCCAUGAGAGCCUGGUAAAUCAAAGCCGCUGGGAUAACGUCUUGAAAAACAUGAACUGGAGAGUGGAUCUGAAGUCACAGUCAAGACAUGUUGAUCAGAUAAAUACUCCAGUUGCAAUAGUUGAAAUGGAACUGGGGAAAAACGGUCAGGAAUCUGAAUUUCUCUGCCUGGAGUUUGAUGAGGCCAAGGUGAGCCAGAUGCUGAAGAAACUCUCAGAAAUAGAGGACAGCAUGACUGCAUUGACUCAGACCACCUGACUGACAGAAAAUAAAGAGAUAGCAACUCAAAAAAACAAAUGACCUCAGUACUUAUUCAUAAUGCCUGUUCCUGUAUAUAAAAUAGGUAAUGAUUGUUAAGUAUUAGUUAUAACUGUACACCACAUUCAGAACAAAGGAUGGAUGAAGUUAAGCUGUAAAGCUCUCUCCAGCCCCUCCUCCAGGCCUGUUCUCCAAGGCAGCAGUGAUGUUGCUUGCAUAAAGCUUUGCAUAAUCAUCCCUUCGAGUUUAGAGUAGCUUUUCUCUUUUUUUUUUCCUACCCAUCAGUUUUUUACUCUUCCAGAUGCUGUAAAUGCUGCGCCGAGUGAACAGCAAAGGUAAAUUGGCCAGUUGUGGCAGGAGAGAAAUGAGCAGAAGGAACAGACAGACUAGGGGGAUUUGUGUUUAUCCUUCCAAACCAUGGGCUAUGUAGGACAAAUCUACCUACGCAAACUCUGCCUGCCUAGAGCUUGGAGCACAGGAGAUGAAGUGCAGAGAGUUGAGGGAGAAGAGUCACAGACACACUUUUUUCUAAUCACAAGCCUCUGUGCUGCUGAGGAUGAAGUAAAUGGUUCCCAAGCACGUGAGUUGUACCUGCCGGGCCACUGAUGAACACUCACCCCACAGAGAGCCAGGGGGCGGCCAUGGCAGCAUCUCUUGGGCAGCUCAAGGUGACACUGGUUUCCCCAAAGCCUGAUGUAGUGACCUGCUGGCAAGCUUCCAAAGCCACUUCUAGCCUGCUUCCCUGAAGGCUGGCCGCCCCCGUUAGCCUUCCAGCUCCUGAGCCUUACGUGGCACAGCCCUGGCGUGGUGCUGCAUGCUGUGUUUGAGAGACCAGUACUUUGUCAGUGCGCAAUUUAACUUGGCUGCUCUUUACCAUGAUGUUUGUCUUGACCUUGAAAACACCCAGGCUAAACCCACAGUUUGUAGUGUGGGUGUGCUCAGCUAGGAAUCCUUAGAAGGAAAAUGCCCUUGGCAAACGUGCAGAUUAUAAAGCUCUACUGAUAAAAUAGUUGUGUGAAGAAAACUUCCAAAGGCAGAUAAGAUACAUACAGAGCAUCAUGAUUGAAACUGAGCUGUGGCUUUUUUGGCUGUUGUGGGAACCUGCCUCUCUCCCUGGCCAUAACACAGAACUGCAGUGCAGCCAGGGGGGAAUGAGCUGAGAUGUUUUGUUUCACAUGUUUCAGUUCACAGAGGUUGUCCACUUUGCCACAACAGGAGCAUUAACCAUAAUUACUGCCUUCCCUGUGCAGGAUGACAUGGAGGAACUGCAUGGAGCAUGAUGGUUCCUACUGGAGAACUGCCUGAUAGUCCGUAGAGUAGUGAUGGAGCACAACCAUGGUGUGCUGCUCUUGUUACUAACAGGAAGGCAUGCUCACACAUUUGGUUGGAGGCUACGCUGUUUCUUCCUUAGCUUCAUAAGCAAACUUCUCCUGAGCAAAAAUCAUAUUGGCUGUCUGUACUAAGCUAGAGAUGCUGUAACUAAAGUGCUCCUCGCUGAUUCCCCAUAUGAUUUUUUUUGCUUGUAGAGUUGCCAGAUUGUACUUGGAAGCACACACUCUUUUCAGAGCAAAGAAAGGGCACGUCUUCCCAUCUCCCUGCUCAGGAGUAGUGGCAGUGAAAGCUGGCCACCAGCCCUGUUUCCUGCCCUGUGACUGCCACUCCUGCCCUCCACAACAUGCUCAGUGGUUGGGGAUAGAGGUCUCCAGCCAUACAAAGCCCUGGAUGAAUUUAUCCAGGAAACCUUCCACCUCACUGUGAAUGAAAUCGGCAUUGUCACUGCCCAGAGCAGUCAGUCUGGCCUGUUUCUGCCGGUGCUUUCCUACUGACACAGGUGAUGACUCCCAAAAAUCAUGGUGGAUUCACCCCACAGCAAACAAGAGCGGGAUGGGGCUGUGGCUGUAGCUCUGGCACCACGUAUGAUGACCUCAGAUGUGCACCUCCAGAGAUGCAUCUCAUCCCAACAUCUGCUGCUGCUUUCUGUGGCCUGUAAUUAGUGAAUGGCAGCCGUGUGUUGUCGCAACCUUCGUCUUGCUCUUCCUUUGAUGUCACCCUUUGCAUUGCUAAUAUGCCUUGCAGUUUCUUCAGUCAAUCACUUCUUGUUUUCUGGGAAUUCCUCCAAGUUGCCACUUGUUUAUGAUCUGGUGCUCCCCACAUUAUCUCCCAGUGCCAUCGCCUUCAGUCACACAUUGCACAAUGUGCAAGGCUUACAUUUGCUAUCUGGUUGCAAAAAGGUUUCUCUGGAUGCAAUUGUCUUUUUUUUUUCAGUCCAUGUAUUCCCAGAACUGCUUAAUUUAUAGAACAUUUUUCUGGGCAUUUUGAGAGAUUUGAGAGAUUUUCAUUUCUGCACACCGGUCCUUUAUAUACUUUGUUACCUAUCAAUAAAAUCAAUCACCAUC